UUCUCAGCUACCAUCCUUCUCUAUUCAAUGGCUUCCAGUCACCAGUACUCGUUUCUUCUCGUCUCUCUCAUCUUGAUUCUGUCCUCCCUCGUCGUCCCCUCCACCGCCAUCGCCACCGCCAGGAAGCUAUCUCUGGUUCAGCAGCAACCGUUGGUCCUUUCCUACCACAACGGCCCUCUCCUCAAGGGGAACAUCACCGUUCAUAUCACAUGGUAUGGAAAGUUCACACCUUCACAACGUGCCAUCCUUAUUGAUUUCAUUCAGUCCCUGAGAGUGCUUAUUCCCGCACCUUCAGUCUCUUCAUGGUGGAAGAUGACGGAGGAGUACAAAAGAGGUUUCACCAACCUCAUCGUCGGGAAGCAAACCAUCGACGAAACUUACUCUCUGGGUAAGUCUCUGAAGUACCCUCACAUCCUCCGUUUCGCUCGCAGAGGUGACCAUCAGGGAGCCAUUAGCGUCAUCUUUACGGCCAAAGACGUUCUCGUCGAUGGCUUCUGUAUGAACAACUGUGGAAGCCACGGUACAGGGAAAGCCAGUCGGACCUCGAAAACCAAGUUCCCUUACAUUUGGGUGGGGAACCCGGAGACCCAGUGCCCCGGUGAAUGUGCCUGGCCCUUCUACCAGCCCAUCUACGGACCACAAACGCCGCCGUUGAUUGCUCCUAAUGGUGACAUCGGGGUUGACGGCAUGAUCAUCAACUUCGCUACUCUAUUGGCUGGUACGGUGACGAAUCCGUUUGAUAACGGUUACUACCAGGGACCGUCGAAUGCGCCGUUAGAAGCCGUCUCUGCUUGUACGGGUAUUUACGGGAAAGGUGCCUACCCGGGUUACCCAGGGGAGCUUCUGGUGGACAAGACGACUGGGGCUAGCUACAAUGCAGUGGGGAUCCAUGGGCGUAAAUAUCUGCUUCCGGCCAUGUGGGACCCUAAGACCUCUGCUUGCUCUACUCUGGUCUGAAACAAGAACUGAAAAUCAAACCCUAAACAGAAAGAGGUGGAGGAGGGAGGAA